GGUUCUACUGUACUAUUGCAGAAGUGGGCUUAGACCUGAAUUUAGGCCCAAUAAAAAUGGGCUUAGAAGCCGAAUUACUGGCUAAGCCCAAACUGGCUUCCUUCCACCGGCUCGUCGUCUGAAACUGUAAAGUAAGUUCUCAACCACCAUUGUCCAUUGGAGCAAGUCAAAGAAGAUAAGAAAAUGGCGGGUCUACUAGCAUGGGCGGCAGACGUCGUCGGAGGCGGUGGUACUGGACAAGGAAACGCAGAAGGUGGGGCUGAUUUGAUCCCAAUCGUUUUCAAUGCAGAGCAGCAAAAGUACGUUCAGGAAUUGGAUCAGAAAGCGGCUUCUUUGAGCCGCUCGAUUCAAGAUCUACGCUUGAGACUCCCUCCUCCUGACAUAUCCCAACGCCUCCCUCACCUCCAUGCCCACUCAUUAGCUUCUAAUGCCGAUCUUGCUCUGCAAUUGAAUUCCCACUCCGCUACUCGCGAACAGGCUCAAUUGAGAGAGGUAACUCUACAAGAAGAAAAUACUGCUUUUGAGAAUGCUAUAUCAACUUGUGAGAAUAAGAUACAGGAGAAACGGCAGGAAGCCGAAUUACUUAGGAGAAAGUUAGAGGAGAUGGAGGAGACUGAGAAGAAUUUGAGAGUAGAACUUGAAAAUGCACAAACUGAAUUGAGUGCCAGUCAAUCUGGUGGAACAGAAGUAUCAGUGAGUGAAUCCUCAGCUUUUGAAACUGGACAAGAUACAGUAGCCCCAAAGUCCUCCACUAUAGAGGAGUUAGAGAACAAGAAGAAGGAGCUGAGUUUAUUGGAGGAUAAAGUUCAUGUCUUAGAAAAGACUUGGUUAGAAGUACAAGAGAAUGCACUGAAGCAACCCACCCCAGCACAAAGAGAGAAGAUAUUGGAUAAGCAGCUUCACAGCCUCAUUGAGCAACUGGCUUCGAAACAGGCACAAGCAGAAGGCUUGGUAAGUGAAAUUCAUAUAAAAGGGAUGGAACUAGAAAAUUUGAAUGGUGUGUGGAGGCGGCUUGAAAGUAGCAGUGUAGAAGUGAAUGCAGCAAGAAAUCGGUUUGUACGAAGUGCAUCAGAGAAGGGGUCUGCUUCUUCUGAUUACAUUGGUGAACCUAAUUACAAGAACCCUUAUUCUUCUGGUGGCCGAAAUGAAAGUCAGCAAAGGCUUAUGUUACUCAGAUCAGGUUUUGUGCUUUACAUUUUAGUUUUGCACAUCUUGGUCUUCAUCAAAAUUUCAUUUUGGUAAUAUAAUAUAUGUAUUUUUAUAUAAAAAAUAUAUAUGGAGAUGCUGAUACUGAUUCAAUACGUUGUUUUAUUCUUGGUUUUAUGCCUCCAAUAUAGAAUGGAGUAUACUAGGGAAAAAAAGGAGAUUACCUUAAGAAAUAAGAACUCUGUAUGAAUUAUAGUUGUGUAUAUACAAUGUAAUGUUUUAUCUAUACUCUC